AUCCUUUGUGACUUAACUGGAACCAACAAAGUAUGAUGAACAAAAUUAAGCCUGGAUAUUAAUUUGUCUUCUAGAGAACAGAUUCAGUAUCCCAUUUUCCUGCAAUGGUUAAUUCACACAGAAAACUAAUAUUUAAUAUUUACAUUGGAUUUUGCUACUCAACAAUCAUCUUUCCCCAAAUAUGCAUUUGUUCUCAGUUCUCGAUAUCACCUCAUAAUCAACUCAAUAAAAACCCUGGGGCUUCCCUCAUAGCCACCAAUGGGGAACCAUUCCCUUGGUAUGAGCUCAGGCUCCCAAGCAUGGUCAUUCCACUCCACUAUGAGCUUUAUGUCCACCCAAACCUCACCUCCCUGGACUUUGUUGGCUCUGAGCAGAUUGAAGUGUUGGUCAGAGAUGCCACUCAAUUUAUCAUCUUGAACAGCAAAGAUCUUGAAAUCACAAAGGCCACCCUUCAUUCAGAGGAAGAUGUGAGAUAUAGGAAACCAGGAAAAUCACUAGAUGUUUUGAGUUAUCCUGCUCAUCAACAAAUUGCACUGCUGGUUCCAGAGAAACUUAUGGCUGAUCUGAGAUACUUUGUGACUAUUGAAUUCCAGGCCAAGUUAGCUGAUGGCUUUGAAGGGUUUUAUAAAAGCACUUAUAAAACUCUUGGUGGUGAAACAAGAAUAAUCGCAGUAACGGAUUUUGAGCCAACGGAAGCACGAAUGGCUUUUCCUUGCUUUGAUGAACCAUUGUUCAAAGCCAACUUUUCCAUCAAGAUAAGAAGAGAGAGCAGACACAUUGCACUAUCCAACAUGCCAAAGGUUAAGACAAUUGAACUUGAAGGAGGCCUCUUGGAAGAUCAUUUUGAAACUUCUGUGAAGAUGAGUACAUACCUUGUAGCCUACAUAGUUUGUGAUUUCAAUUCUGUGAGUGGUACAACCUCAUCAGGGGUUAAGGUGUCCAUCUAUGCAUCCCCAGACAAAUGGAAUCAAAUGCACUAUGCAUUGGAAGCAUCACUGAAGCUACUUGACUUUUAUGAAAAGUAUUUUGAUAUCAACUAUGCACUCCCCAAGCUAGAUCUAAUUGCCAUUCCUGACUUUGGAUCUGGAGCCAUGGAAAAUUGGGGGCUCAUCACAUAUCGAGAGACAUCACUGCUCUUUGAUCCCCAAACCUCUUCUGUUUCUGAUAAGCUGUGGGUGACCAGAGUCAUAGCCCAUGAACUAGCACACCAGUGGUUUGGCAACCUGGUUACAAUGGAAUGGUGGAAUGAUCUUUGGCUCAACGAGGGUUUUGCAAACUACAUGGAAAGUAUCUCUGUUAAUGCUACAUAUCCAGAGCUACAAAUUGAUGACUAUUUUUUGGAUGUGUGUUUUGAAGUAAUUAAAAGAGAUUCGCUAAACUCAUCCCGUCCUGUCUCCAAUCAAGCAGAAACUCCUACUCAAAUACAGGAAAUGUUUGAUACUGUUUCCUAUAACAAGGGAGCUUGUAUUUUGAAUAUGCUCAAGGAUUUUCUGACUGAGCAGAAGUUUCAGAAAGGAAUUACUCACUACUUAAAGAGGUUCAGCUAUAGAAAUGCUAAGACCAAUGAUUUGUGGAGCAGUCUGUCAAAGAGUUGUUUAGAAGGUGAUUUGGCAUCUGGUGGAUUUUGUUAUUCUGAUUCCAAGACAACAAGCAACACACUCGGUUUUCUAAGAGAACAGGUGGACGUCAAAGAGAUGAUGACUACCUGGACUCUCCAGAAAGGAAUCCCCAUGGUGGUGAUUAAACAAGAAGGCAGUUUGCUUCACAUACAACAGGAGCGCUUCCUGAAGGGGGUUUUCAAAGAGGAUCCUGAAUGGGGGGCCCUGCAGGAAAGUUAUCUUUGGCACAUCCCACUGACCUACACCACUAGUGCCUCUGAUGAGAUUCACAGACACGUUCUUAAAUCAAAGACAGAUAUUCUGGAUUUACCUGAAAAGACCAGUUGGGUGAAAUUCAAUGUGGAUGCAAAUGGCUACUACAUUGUUCACUACGAGGGGCAUGGAUGGGACCAGCUCAUUAUACAGAUGAAUCAGAACCAUACACUUUUCAGACCAAAGGACAGAAUAGGUCUGAUUCAUGAUGCAUUUCAGCUAGUAAGUGCAGGAAGGUUGACAUUAGACAAAGCCCUUGACCUGACUCGAUACCUCCGACAUGAAAGAAGUGUCCCUGCACUUCUCAAAGGACUGGAAUACUUAGAGUUGUUUUACCACAUGACAGAGAGAAGGAAUAUUUCAGAUGUCACUGAAAAUCUCAAGCUUUACAUUCUCCGGUACUUUAUGCCAGUGAUUGACAUGCAAAGCUGGAGUGAUGAAGGCUCCAUUUGGGACAGGACACUUCGUUCGACUAUCUUGAACCUGGCCUGUUACCUGAAUCAUGCUCCCUGUACCCAGAAGGCGACUGAACUCUUCUCUCAGUGGAUGGAAUCCAGUGGAAAAUCAAAUAUUCCUACCGAUGUCUUAAAGAUUGUAUAUUCAGUGGGUGCUCAGACCACAGCAGGCUGGAAUUACCUUUUAAAACAGUAUGAACUAUCAAUGUCGGGUGCUGAAAAAAACAAAAUUCUAUAUGCAUUGUCAACCAGCAAAGACCAGGAGAAAUUAAUGAAAUUAAUUGGAUUAGGAAUGGAAGGAAAGGUUAUCAAGACCCAGGAGUUGGCAUCUCUUCUUUAUGCAAUUGCCAGAAAUCCAAGUGGACAGCAAUUAGCUUGGAAUUUUGUAAGAGAAAAUUGGACCCAUCUCCAAAACAAAUUUGAUUUGGGCUCAUUUGCUAUGAGAAUAGUCAUCGCUGGUACAACAUCUCACUUUUCUUCCAAGGAUGAGUUGCAAGAGGUGAAACUAUUCUUUGAAUCUCUUGAAGUCCAAGGAUUACACCUGGAUGUUUUUCAAACUGUUCUAGAAACCAUAUCCAAAAAUAUGAAGUGGCUGCAGAAGAAUCUUCCUACUCUGAGGUCUUGGCUACUGGUUAACGUUUAAAUGGUCAAUAGAAAGAACACAUCUGACAUGGUCAGUGAGCAAAGUUCAAGUCAAUGUUCUGGAAGUUUUGUCUAACCAAUAAGAAGCCACAAGAAAUCAGCCAAUGCAGUUGUCUACUCUCAGUUAUGAUCUAUUUCUCCCAGCUAAGGGCUGGGAGAAAUUUAGUUCAAUUAAAAAUAUUUGAGAUAUGUGGAGAUACAGAAUCAGCUUUAUAAAUAUAGCUAUAGUUUAGCCACAACCCAAACCUUCUUCAUUGUUGCAUAGUAUUUUGUUUUAAUGCUUUUUAAAGUCUGGCUUAGUGACUUAUUAUUUUUCCUCAACCAGUUUUACCACCAAGGGAAAAUGGCCAAUCAAUAAUCUUUCAUUUGUAUCUUUCCAUCUCAUUUUCCUCCUUUAAGUCAUCCUGAAUAGUUAAUUUUUACAAUCCAUGGGAAAUCUGAUACAAAUUAGAACUUAAAGUUCAAGAAAAGGAAGAUUUGUCAGAAAAUCUCAGAUUAUUAGAAACUAGAUGUCAAAAUUUAUCAAGGAAGAAGUGGGGGGUCCUGGCCUGACCUUCACUUUGAUGAAGAGCCUCAGGGUUAGCUUGAUUAGGUCAUUUUCAGAUGAAGUAUGACUUGCAGUUACAGCAGUAAA